GUUCACCUCCCCCCCCCACACUCGCUCUCACUCUCCGCCGAGACCGGCCCGACCCGACCGCCGAGGCCCGACACCCACCCCUUGCUCCGACAUGGCGCAGAUCCUGCCCAUCCGCUUCCAGGAGCACCUGCAGCUCCAAAAUCUGGGCAUUAAUCCUGCUAAUAUUGGGUUCAGCACCCUUACAAUGGAAUCGGACAAGUUCAUCUGUAUUCGGGAAAAAGUUGGUGAGCAAGCCCAAGUGGUUAUCAUUGACAUGAAUGAGCCCACCAAUCCCAUUCGCCGUCCAAUCUCAGCCGAUAGUGCCAUUAUGAACCCGGCCAGCAAGGUUAUUGCAUUAAAAGCUGGAAAAACGCUGCAAAUAUUUAACAUUGAAAUGAAAAGCAAGAUGAAAGCUCACACUAUGGUGGACGAUGUCACUUUCUGGAAGUGGAUCUCUCUGAACACGAUUGCCCUGGUGACCGACACAGCUGUCUAUCACUGGAGUAUGGAGGGAGAGUCUCAGCCCAUGAAGGUCUUUGAUAGACAUUCCAGUCUAGCAGGCUGCCAGAUCAUCAAUUAUCGUACUGAUGCUAAGCAGAAAUGGUUACUUCUUAUUGGCAUCUCUGCUCAGCAAAACCGUGUAGUGGGUGCAAUGCAGCUGUACUCCCUGGAUAGGAAAGUAUCUCAGCCAAUCGAAGGACAUGCAGCAGCUUUUGCACAGUUCAAAAUGGAAGGCAAUGCAGAGGAGUCGACUUUGUUCUGCUUUGCUGUAAGAGGUCAGGCUGGAGGGAAGCUGCACAUCAUUGAAGUUGGUACCCCUCCGACAGGGAAUCAGCCUUUUGCCAAGAAGGCAGUGGAUGUCUUUUUCCCACCAGAAGCACAGAAUGACUUUCCUGUUGCGAUGCAGAUAAGUGUGAAACAUGAUGUUGUCUUCCUGAUCACUAAAUAUGGAUACAUCCACUUGUAUGAUUUGGAGACUGGUACCUGCAUCUACAUGAACAGGAUUAGUGGCGAGACCAUCUUCGUUACAGCAGGACAUGACGCUACUGCUGGAAUAAUUGGAGUAAACAGGAAGGGCCAGGUGUUGUCGGUUUGUGUUGAAGAGGAGAACAUCAUCCCUUACAUUACGAAUGUGUUGCAGAAUCCUGACCUUGCCCUGCGCAUGGCUGUGCGCAAUAACCUGGCUGGAGCAGAGGAACUAUUCGCUCGGAAAUUCAAUGCUCUCUUUGCUCAGGGAAACUAUUCCGAAGCAGCAAAAAUAGCUGCAAAUGCUCCAAAGGGUAUCUUGCGCACUCCAGACACAAUCAGGCGCUUUCAGAGUGUACCGGCCCAACCAGGACAAACUUCGCCCCUGCUUCAGUACUUUGGGAUUCUGCUUGAUCAAGGGCAGCUGAACAAAUUUGAGUCUUUGGAACUUUGCCGGCCAGUGUUGCAGCAAGGCCGUAAGCAGUUGCUUGAGAAGUGGCUGAAGGAGGAUAAGCUGGAAUGCUCAGAGGAACUUGGAGAUAUUGUGAAGUCUGUGGACCCCACACUGGCACUGAGUGUCUACUUGAGAGCGAACGUCCCCAAUAAGGUGAUCCAGUGUUUUGCUGAAACCGGUCAAUUCCAGAAGAUUGUGCUCUAUGCCAAGAAGGUUGGAUACUCACCGGACUGGAUCUUUCUGCUGAGAAAUGUGAUGAGGGUUGGGCCUGAUCAGGGACUUCAGUUUGCUCAAAUGUUGGUUCAGGAUGAAGAGCCUCUUGCUGACAUCACUCAGAUUGUGGACGUGUUCAUGGAAUACAACCUGAUCCAGCAGUGCACAUCGUUCCUGCUUGAUGCGCUCAAGAAUAACCGUCCAUCAGAAGGCCCCCUGCAGACCCGCCUCCUGGAAAUGAACCUUAUGCAUGCUCCUCAGGUAGCAGAUGCUAUUCUUGGAAAUCAGAUGUUCACUCACUAUGAUCGUGCGCACAUUGCUCAGCUUUGUGAGAAGGCUGGACUGUUGCAAAGGGCUCUGGAACAUUAUACAGAUCUCUAUGAUAUCAAGCGUGCUGUUGUCCACACCCACCUCCUCAAUCCUGAGUGGCUUGUCAAUUACUUCGGCUCUCUGUCCGUUGAGGAUUCUGUUGAAUGCCUGCGUGCCAUGCUGUCUGCUAACAUCCGUCAAAAUCUGCAGAUCUGUGUGCAAGUUGCCUCCAAAUACCAUGAGCAACUAGGCACACAGCAACUGAUCGAACUAUUUGAGUCUUUCAAGAGCUUUGAAGGUCUGUUCUACUUUUUGGGCUCCAUUGUAAACUUCAGUCAAGAUCCAGAAGUUCACUUCAAGUACAUUCAGGCUGCCUGCAAAACCGGUCAGAUCAAAGAGGUGGAGAGAAUUUGUCGUGAGAGCAAUUGCUAUGAUCCAGAGCGUGUGAAGAACUUUCUCAAGGUAAACUCUUCAUGGUUUGGCUUUGCCAUAAACUCCAUAAUGUGCAGUUUAAAAGUUUUAACAUGUUUCACGCAACCUUUGUCUUUCAGUUGGGACCAAAAACUCCUGAGAUGCCAGAUCUUGAGCUAUGUUGCUGUUUGGAUGGGAGUGGGGUGGGAAGAAUGUGUUACCACCAUUGUAAAUGUGCACAUUGUUUUCAGGCUGAAGUUGCUGCUGCCGUGGCUGGAGUCUCGAAUUCAUGAAGGUUGUGAGGAACCUGCCACCCACAAUGCACUUGCAAAAAUCUACAUUGACAGCAACAACAAUCCUGAGCGCUUCCUCCGGGAGAAUCCAUAUUACGAUAGCCGAGUGGUGGGCAAAUACUGCGAGAAACGGGACCCUCAUCUGGCUUGUGUGGCUUAUGAGCGAGGCCAGUGUGACAUGGAGCUCAUCAAUGUGUGCAAUGAGAACUCGCUGUUCAAAAGUUUGUCUCGCUACUUAGUUCGCCGGAAAGAUCCUGAGCUCUGGGCAAAUGUUCUGCAAGAAACCAAUCCUUUCAGGAGACCACUUAUUGACCAAGUGGUACAGACUGCUCUGUCAGAAACGCAGGAUCCUGAGGAGGUUUCUGUUACUGUGAAAGCUUUCAUGACUGCAGACCUUCCAAAUGAAUUAAUUGAACUGUUGGAGAAAAUUGUCCUGGACAAUUCAGUCUUCAGUGAGCACAGGAAUCUGCAGAAUCUGUUGAUCCUGACUGCCAUCAAAGCCGACCGAACCCGUGUGAUGGAGUAUAUCAACCGCCUGGACAACUAUGAUGCACCUGACAUAGCAAACAUUGCCAUCAGCAAUGAGCUCUUUGAAGAGGCAUUUGCUAUCUUUAGGAAGUUUGAUGUCAACACAUCUGCAGUGCAGGUGCUGAUUGAACACAUUGGCAAUCUUGAUCGUGCAUACGAAUUUGCUGAACGGUGCAAUGAGCCUGCAGUGUGGAGCCAACUUGCUAAAGCCCAGCUGCAGAAAGAAAUGGUUAAAGAGGCCAUUGACUCCUACAUCAAGGCAGAUGAUCCAUCUUCAUACAUGGAGGUAGUAGAAGCAGCCAACAAAAGUGGGAACUGGGAGGACCUUGUUAAAUAUUUGCAGAUGGCGAGGAAGAAGGCUCGAGAGUCUUAUGUGGAGACGGAACUUAUUUUUGCAUUAGCAAAGACUAACCGGUUGGCAGAGUUGGAAGAGUUCAUUAAUGGACCCAACAAUGCUCAUAUCCAGCAAGUUGGUGAUCGUUGCUAUGAUGAGCAAAUGUAUGAAGCCGCUAAGUUGCUGUACAACAAUGUUUCCAACUUUGGUCGUUUGGCGUCAACUCUGGUUCACCUUGGAGAAUAUCAAGCUGCAGUGGAUGGUGCUCGCAAAGCAAACAGUACUCGUACUUGGAAGGAGGUGUGCUUUGCAUGUGUUGAGGGAAAGGAAUUCCGUUUGGCUCAGAUGUGUGGUCUCCAUAUUGUUGUGCAUGCUGAUGAACUGGAAGAACUUAUCAACUACUACCAGGAUCGUGGCUACUUUGAAGAACUCAUAACAAUGUUGGAAGCAGCUCUGGGUCUGGAGCGUGCUCACAUGGGAAUGUUCACUGAACUGGCUAUUCUGUACUCCAAAUACAAACCGCAAAAGAUGAGGGAACACUUGGAACUCUUCUGGUCCAGAGUCAACAUUCCCAAGGUGCUGAGAGCUGCAGAGCAGGCUCACCUUUGGGCUGAACUAGUCUUCCUGUAUGACAAGUAUGAAGAGUAUGACAACGCCAUUAUUACAAUGAUGAAUCACCCAACGGAUGCAUGGAAGGAGGGACAGUUCAAGGACAUCAUCACAAAGGUGGCCAAUGUGGAGCUGUAUUACAAAGCAACACAGUUCUACUUGGAAUUUAAGCCUCUUUUACUGAAUGACCUGCUCAUGGUGUUGUCACCUCGUCUGGAUCACACGCGUGCUGUGAACUACUUCACUAAGGUUAACCAAUUGAAUCUUGUGAAACCCUACCUACGUUCUGUACAAAGCAACAACAACAAGUCGGUGAAUGAAUCGCUGAACAAUCUCUUCAUCCAAGAGGAAGACUACCAGGCUCUGCGCACAUCCAUAGAUGCGUACGACAACUUUGAUAACAUUUCCCUCGCUCAACGGCUUGAGAAGCACGAGCUGAUUGAAUUCCGUCGAAUUGGUGCUUAUCUCUUCAAAGGCAACAAUCGCUGGAAGCAGAGUGUGGAGCUGUGCAAGAAAGACCGCCUAUACAAAGAUGCUAUGCAAUAUGCAUCGGAGUCGAAGGAUACGGAACUGGCCGAGGAGCUGCUGCAAUGGUUCCUGCUAGAUGGAAAGAAUGAGUGCUUUGCUUCCUGUCUCUUCACGUGUUAUGACCUGCUGAGGCCAGAUGUUGUGCUCGAGGUAUCCUGGAGGCACAACAUCAUGGAUUUCUCCAUGCCGUACUUUAUCCAGGUGAUGAGGGAAUAUCUCUCAAAGGUGGACAAGUUGGACGUAUCGGAAUCUCUGAGGAAAGAGGAAGAGCAGGCCACAGAGACGACACCCAUUGUUUACGGCCAGUCGCAGCUGAUGUUGACAGCAGGACCCAGUGUAAGUGUCCCUCCACAGGCAGCCUUUGGCUACAGUUAUGGUGCCCAACCUUUUGCCCAGUCUGGCACUUAUGGGUAUGGUAUGUAAGGUAAUCGCAAGCUACCCAUCUGCUCAAUGUCUGCCAGGUUCCCUUCGUCUCGCAACGGGGAAGAGGAAGUAAAGCUCUUUAUAUAUUGUAUGUCAUGAAGGACUUGAGUCUUUUUUUUUUCUAGUUCUAAGUGUUUGGAUCACAGCUCUAACUUGUUUCUCACAUUCCACAGUAAUUAGAUUGUGAUUUUUCUCUUUGGAUGGGAAUGGUUGUUUCAUUUAAGCUCUCGGUGUGAGCUCUUGUCCUGCAAAAGUCUGUUGUAAAGAAUUUAAUUUUCACUCUAUGUAAUGAGGCAAUACUUCAAUGUAGUAUCUCCCAAAUGUGUGAGCAGCUUGUGGGCUGUAUUUAAAGGAAGUAAAUCUCAUUGUAUUCUUAAACUGAGUACAGGACUUGGCUGCUUACCUGUAAGAUGUUGAUGAGCAAAAAAGAAACACUAAUCACAGUGCACCAACACCAUGACCUGAAAGUUGGAAAUUUACUUCUAAGGCAUACAAUAGGUUCACCUGACUCAUUGAUUUAAACCGUGGGCUCAUCCCGAUCUAUGCCGGCUCUGUUUAAACCCAUGGAAGUUUUUAAAAUUUCUACUACAUCAUUCACUCCUUCCAUGGUUAUGUAUGGCCUCGUUGUGCUAAUACAGUGCUGAUGUGGGACCAUAAACUCCCCUAAACCGGUCUUUCGAACCCUGUGCUAAGGUCUUGCGUUUGCUGGAUAUUGUGGUGUGUUAGGUCACUGUCUUUGAGUGUACAGAAUAAAGAAUUAAUUAAAUGGUCCUGUUUUUGUGCAAUUUGAAAACAGAUUGAAAAUAAAAUAACAGGGCUCUGAAUCUC